AUGGAAUCUGCAAUUAAUAUUGCACAAGAACAGGGUGGUAAAUGUCUUUCUACAGAAUAUAAAAAUUCAAACACACCAAUGCUUUGGCAUUGCAUCAAAGGACAUAAAUGUAAAGGCAGUGUAUGUCUUUCUACUGAAUAUAAAAAUCUUAAUGUUUUAAUGCAAUGGAAAUAUGAUAAAGAUCAUAAAUGGUUUGCAAGUUUUAAUGAUAUAAAGCAUGCCAGAUCAUGGUGUCUAUAUUGCUUAAACAAACACGAAAAUCUAUGCUGUGACAUUAUAACAAAUAUUCUUGGCCCACUCUCUGGUAUUUACCGACCAGAUUUCUUGAAAACACUGGAAUAUCCUCAAGGAUUAGAGCUUGAUAUUUACUAUCCACAACAUAGGUUAGCUAUAGAGGUACAAGAUAUACAACACAGGCAAUAUAGAAAAUGCUUCUACAAAAAUAAGAAAGACUUUGAGAAACAAUUGAUCCAUGAUCAACUUAAGAAAGAACUUUGUAAAGAAAAUUAG